AUGUUUGCCUGCCCUUGUCCAUCCAUCCGCUUGUGCUCUCACAUCUGGACACCCACUCCCAUCACACAGUCGCACCCUGCACCCCCACAUCCAAAUCCGGUUGCGCUAAGGUGCUCCUUCUCUGUUCUUGCCACAAAACAUGCCUCCCCACCCCUCUGCAGCGACCUCUCUCACAACUACCUCACAGGGCCCGCACUGGAGCCUCUUGCUGAGGGCACCUUGGAUCUCUCCACCAACUUCCUCUCGGGCCCUCUUCCUGAAGGGGCAUGCCAGCCUUUCUCUUUCGAUGCCAACUGCUUCAAGCUGCCUCCUGGCUGUGACUUGGUGCUGCAGCGGCAGGAGGCAGCAUGCAAUGCCUUCUGUGGCGUCUCCUCUGCAGCUGCGUGUGGAGGGCAUGGGGUGUGCUAUCCAGAGGGGCUUAUCUUGGCACCCACAUGUCUAUGUGUUGCGGGAUAUGCGCGGUUUGGAGAGAUCAGCUGUGUUGCUCAAGACCGGAACAUGAAUUAUUCACGCAGCCAAUCGAUUCUCCCGCCAGAAACUGUGCUCACCAAGGGGACGCAGCGAGAGACUCGGGGGAGCUUUACGGCAGCGCCAGUGAUUCUGUUCGCAUACGAAGCAGGGAAGGCGCGGCUGGGAUGUGGGCUGGAGCUCGCCUUCCACGCCAACUUCACCUUCUCCCUCUCACCUCAAUCUGGCCGCGUUGGCUUCAACGGCUUUGCCUUUGUCGUCUCGGCGACGAACCGGGUGGGGAGCGGCGCCGGUGUGGGGUAUGGUGGAAUGGACAAGCAAAGUGUGGCGGUGGAGUUUGACACUCGGCAAGACAAGCAGCACGGGGACAUGAGCAGCCAGCAUGUGGGGCUGAACAUUCAAGGGAAGGACAGGUCAAUCGCCGCUGUGAGGUCGCCCUUCCCUCUGAGCAACAGGAAGGCGUACACGGCGUGGGUGGACUAUGAGCCAAGGGACCCCGGCACCAUCCAGGGUGCAGCCGAGCAGCCCGCCUUCUUCUUUGGCUUCGUGGCGUCCACCACUGUGAAGCCGUUUCAGCGGCACGUCAUUCUUGAAUCUGCAGUGGAUACAGGUCUUCCUGCUUCUCCUCGACGAGUCACACGUAUUCCAGCGUACGGCCUACGACUAUCAACGGACACGUACCUGCCAGAGUGGGCCAGCCCCUUCCCACACUACGUGAGUGCGGACUACCGAGUGGCGCCCGACAAGCAAGACUCGUGGGUUGUCAGCGACUUCCACUCCUGGGACUCCGUGCCCUUCCUCGGCUGGCCUGUCAAGGACCAGAGUGACUGCAAGCUCUUCUCAUCAUACCCAGGUGCUUGUUGGGCGUUUGCGGUGGUGGCAAGCGUGGAAGCGGCAUACGGCAUUGCAAUGAAUGGAGAGGCGCCACAGCUGUCAGUGGAGUCACUCUUUGCAGCCAUGGGGCUCACCUCCGAAGCUGACAAGUGCAGCACGGGGGGCUCUCCCACCGAGGCGUUGGAAAGGCUUGUCGCGCUGCCUCGUGGUGGAGUCACAGAGGCUGGUGCUCCUACCUUCAAGUACCAGGACCCCGAAUGCUACACCGGCAGACUGAACCACGUUGUACUCGUUAUUGGCUACUUCGUCUUGAGAAACGACGGCAGCCAAAACCGCAUUGCACCUCCAUUUUGGAUCAUCCGCAACUCAUGGGGAGUGGAGUGGGGCGACAGGGGCCAUAUGCGUAUGGACAUCCAGGGAGGGGAUGGCGUGUGCGGUAUCAACGUGCUGCCCGGCAUCUACCCUAUUGUGAAGAGGCGACACAUGCUGGUCAGCACCCAGCUGGGCAUCACCAGCAGCAACCUCACAGCUCUAAAUCCCGCCCUUAACUGCUCUGAGCCCAUCAAGGCGGGCCGCUCUCUGUGCAUUGAGCGCAACAACACCUUUGCCUUCACCGUACCGCGGUGCUUGCAAUACGGCAUGCUCACAGUGCAGAACACCUGUGAGCGCCUGCUGCUGCAGGUGUCGGGGAGUGGGGACGAUCCAGCAAGGUCUGGUAAGAUGAAUGCCAUGCGCUGGGCUGAGCUGUACCGCAACAAUCCCGGCCUCAUCUGCUCCAACGUCAUCCCAGCCUCCGCCUCUGCUGUUGGCAGCAACACUGGCGUGCAGGUAAGAGGUGGAGGGGAACCGGGAUGGGAAGGAUAG